CUCCAGAUUCAGCAUAUUGCGGUUCGGUUUCGGGCUUCUCAUUUCACGGACCAAGACCUGCCGGUCUGGGACCAGAACUGAGACCAGAAUCGAAACCAGGCCGGAAUUGGGACGGGACUUGGUAGGCAUGGAGCCGGGUUGGUCCAAGUCGGCCCCGGGCCCGACCCAUUGGGGGACUUUUUUUACCAAUUUCUUGUUUACCUAUUUUUUCUAUUGCGGAAGAUUUUUUAUCAUCUGUCUUAAUUGCAUUUACUAAAAAAUUUGUCUGAAUCCUUUAAAUUGAAACUCAAUGAUAAACUUGAGAACUCACCAACUUGUUAUGGUUUUUUCCCCGUUUUUUCAAAAGCAGACAUCAACAAUAAAGCAUGAAGUCUAUUUAGCAUAUCCUUCUCUCUCAACUUUUUGAUCAAAAUAUCGUUUAUCAACGUUAUAUCUUUUUUUAUUCUUCCGUGGGAAGGCCUGUUUAACAAGGGAAGGGAUCAUAUUUGCUGAGUACACUCUGGAGAAGAUCAAUCGCUCGAUGUGGUUUGAAGCAGGAUGCACGACCGAGGCGAAAAAAAUUUCGGGGUAUGCUUGAGCACUGCCAAGUGUGGGAAGGUAAGGUCUCGUUGAUAUAGUUUGUUUCGAUUUUGUGAUCGGGUUAUCCGAUUUGUCGUUUCUGGCCUCGCUUUAGACCCUGGGCGAGAGUGUUGUGUUGCGUUUCGUCUGUAAAAGUCUGAUUGUGAGCAGCUCAUUUGUCGGUUUGCUUUUGUGUAGUUCGUUUGGUUGGUCUAUCUUUUAUUAUCAUGGAGAAAAUAGCGGAAGAAUACGGAAAGAUGUCAAUUGAGGAGGAAGAAAACAGUGGGUUGGUGUUUGAAUCCGGAGCUCUAAAUGUUAAUAGUGGGGUGGGAGAGAACCCACAUUUCUCUGUUGUUGCUAGGGUUAUCACGGAUAAACAUGUCUGUCUUAUCUCCUUCAGGGAAACAAUGGCUAUGAUCAGGCGCCCGAGUAAAGGUGUGAGCAUCGAACAGAUAGGAGAUAUGCGUUUUAUGAUUCAGUUCUUUCAUGAGAGCAAUGUCUCACGAGUUUUGCAGGAUGAUCCCCUGGUCUUUUGACCAGAAUCUAGUUGUUAAGUAGGGUGGAAGCGAAGGACAGACAACUGGAGGUAGAGCUUAAUCACGCAGAAUUCUGGGCGCAGAUCCACAAUUUACCUCUCAGUUUUAUGACUGAGACAGUGACGACUGGUAUUGGCUAAUGCAUGGGGAAGCUGGUCAGAAUUGAUGAAAGAACUCUCAAAGGGAAAAGUAAGGAGUUUGUUCAUAUACGUGUGUUGAUAGAUAUAAGAAAUGCUCUGAAGAGAUCUAAUCUCUAGGCAUGGCAAUGGGUCGGGGCGGGGCGGGUACUGCAAGACCCGGACCCGCCCCAUGACUUGGCGGGGCGGGUCCGCCCCGCCCCGUGACCUGCACAGGUCCAAACUUG